UCCUCAUCCCCGGCAACGCGCAAGCGCUCGGGACCGUGUGGGAAUGGUCGGUCGGCGGACUGGGGGUUGGACCGCUCCGAGCCAAACACAGCAAAAGAGUUUUAAAUGUCCGCCAUGUUGUCCAUGGCGCUCUGAGCCACCGAUAGGGAGCGGAGCGUCGGAAAAAAACAGUCCGAGAGCGAGCGACCGAGAUCCGGGCCUUCCCCCGGCUCCGCUGGCGACGCCCUAAACCCGAACCACCACCAUUCGAACGUUAGAGUCGACCCGAACAGAAACCAUCCAUGAAAGCUCCACUCGGCUCCGUUGUGGAAACCAGGAGAUCGGAUAGAUUUAUAUUUAAUCUCGAAUUGUGAGGAGAAAAAAAUGAGUAAAUUGUCGUUUCGGGCACGGGCGCUGGACGCUUCCAAGCCACUACCCGUCUUCCGUUGUGAGGAUUUACCCGACCUACACGAGUAUGCAUCGAUCAACCGGGCCGUGCCACAGAUGCCCACGGGGAUGGAGAAAGAAGAAGAAUCGGAACACCAUCUCCAGCGGGCCAUCUCGGCGCAGCAGGUCUACGGCGAGAAGCGGGACAACAUGGUCAUCCCGGUCCCCGAGGCGGAGAGUAACAUCACCUACUAUGACUCCCUCUACCCCGGGGACUACAAGAUGCCAAAGCAGCUAAUUCACAUACAGCCUUUCAGCUUGGACACAGAGCAGCCAGACUACGACCUGGACUCAGACGAUGAGGCUUUUGUCAACAAGCUGAAAAAGAAGAUGGACAUCAGCUACCUUCAGUUUGAGGAAAUGAUCGACCGGCUAGAGAAAGGCAGCGGACAGCAGCUCGUGAGUCUUCCUGAAGCUAAACUGCUGCUGAAAGAGGACGACGAGCUCAUCAAGGAGGUCUACGACUACUGGAGCCGCAAGAGGAAAAACAGCAAGGCCAACUCCCUCAUCCCCACUGUGAAGCAGGAAAAACGGGACGGCUCCAGCACCGGUGACCCCUACGUGGCCUUUCGGCGGCGCACCGAGAAGAUGCAGACGAGGAAGAACCGUAAGAACGACGAGGCGUCCUUCGAGAAGAUGCUGAAGCUCCGCAGGGAUCUGAGCCGAGCCGUCACCAUCCUGGAGAUGAUCAAGAGGAGGGAGAAGAGCAAGAGAGAGCUGCUGCACCUCACACUGGAGAUCUUCGAGAAGAGGAACGUCAUGUCAGACUUCGGAGGAGAAGUUAUCGCAGAGGUUCUGGCGGAACGGGCACUGGUAAGGCCGCAGAUCAUUCCCCUGGUCCCCCUCACCAAUCAGUACCGGCACCAGGACCACAUGGACUCCAAAGACUACAAGUCCAAGCCUGAGAAGAUGGAAGUCCCGCGGCAGAAGAGGAAGUACGAGAAGAAGAAGGUCUUACCGUUGUCGUCGGGCGUCCCCCACCAUUCGGGCCCCGUUGUGUUCAACGCCAAGGACCUGAACCAGUACGACUUCCCCAGCUCGGACGACGAGCCCUUCUCUCAGCUGCACUCGGGCUCUUCAGAAGCAGAGGAGGAGAACGACCCAGAUGGUGCCUACGCCUUUCGCAGGAAGGCGGGUUGCCAGUACUACGCUGCUCGUCAGGACCUGCUGGGCAGCUGGCCGUGGUGCGGUCCCUGGGAGGGCGGCUUGACGCAGGAUCGUUUUCGCUACAGUCUCACCACGCUCACUGUGCCACGCCGGUGCCUGGGCGUGGCCAGGCGACGCGUGGGCCGGGGCGGCAGGGUGCUGCUGGACCGGGCGUACACGGACCACGACACGCUCGACGGACCGGACCCGGAGAUGGCGGACCUGCCGCUGUCUGCUUCCCCUCCUCCCCCCUCAGCUACGUCGCGCUCACCGGACCCCGACCGGUCCGCCAGCACCUCAGAAACAAAUACCUCGGACAGAAGUUCCCCCUCCGCCGACCCGUCCUCGCCCUCCUCCACGGACCUCAGUCAGAUACUGUUGAACAUAAAGUCGUGCCGAUGGAGGCACUUUAGACCACGGACACUCCCACUACACGAGCUGGACGACGCCCACCCUCUGUUCAGGAGGAUCAGUCGAGGUGUGAAGCGACCGCUCUCAGCCGGAGGACAACCGAUGGGACCGCAGCGCCCGGCGAGGGUCGUCCCUGCACCUGCUGCUGCUUUCACAGCAGAUCAGUACCAGCAGCAUCAGGAACAGCUGGCCUUGAUGCACAAACAGCAGGUGGAGCAGAACCAGCAGCGAGCCAGCAGCACUGCCAACAGCACGCAGAGCAUGGCGAACACGUUGGACCAGGCCAGCGCUCAGUUCGCCGCCUCGGCCCUCAUCACCGCCGAACAACUGCUGGCUCUGAAAAACAAGGACGAGCUGGGCCUGGGAGGCGGAGUCAAUGGCGUCCUCUCCUCAGGUGUCUACAAGGGCUUGCCGCUCUCGAGCACAGCGUCCCCGUCCCUCGCCGCCCCGGCUCCUCAAACCACAACCCCGACGUCCGCCUUACUCCACCCCUGCUCUGCCGCCACCAACAACGGCACCGCCCACCACGGCAACGCCGCCGCCAACAACAACAACGCCGUCGCCACUCAGGUCCUGUUGGGAAACAACAGCCUCCGUCUGGGAAUCCCCCCCGGAAAGCGCAUCCACGCUCCMCGCACGCUGAGCUCCAGCAUGCCGACAUCCGCCUUAAAGCUCGCCCACGCCGCCACCGCCAACUGUCAGAAACCCAAGGUCGCCACGGCCUCGGCGUCUCCGCUGGACAUGGUGCCCAGGGAGAAUCACGAACAGGACAAGCCAGCACUGAACAGUCUAUCAGAGAACACAGUGGCCAUGGAGGUCACGUAGCCUCCGGUGCUCCGCUCACACAACCUGACUCGACRUUGUUGCUUUUCCUUUUUUCUUUUUCUUUUUUUUAAUUAUAUAAUUUUUUUAGGUGCUAUGCAUCAUUUGUUAGUCGUGAAUGCAAGCGGUGGCUGAAUGAGCACGGCAAGGUUGGGUUUCCUUGGCAACUGUUUUGGGACUUAAUUGCAAUGCUCGUCUCGUACAAAAAAAAUAUUUCUUUCCUCCCCUCCAUUUCCUCGUUUACUGUUAAUAAGAGAUGGUCUGUAAAUUCUUAAUAWGGCAAUUAUAUGUACAGUACUGCAUAUUUGUAAUCCCCUCUUCCUCGGACCCUGUUCUUGUAUAUAACAUUACUUGAAUACAGAAUUGUUCAUUUGUGAUGUUUUGCACUCAAACAUAAAGAAAAAAACAUUUUAAGAGAAAACGACGACCAGCAGCUGGUGCAGGAGCGAGGAGAGGAGCGUCUCAUCACGUGCAUGGUGCAGAACCUGCUGUCGGAUCUAUUUAUUGUGCCGUGUUUACAAAAAAAUACGACUUUAUUCCCCCGCCCCUCUCCUCACGCCCAUUUUUAACAUUUUAAACAGGAUCCCCACGCUGUAGUAAGCUCGUUCUUUUUAAAAGUCGACACGUUCCACGUCCUUCCACAUCAAAUCCCUUUUUUUUUUUUUUUUUUUUUUUUUUUUUUUUUUUUUUUUUUUUUCUCGUUGAAUCCGUUCUGACGUAAAGCCAGGCUUCAGUUUGUUGGUUCGAUCUCCACAGAGCUCUUCCAUUCAUCUUAUUCCUGAGACAGGUAACAAAAAAAAUGGGGAUGAAGACUUUCCCAGAAGACUCGGCUGCUUCUGACGUAUCUAAGCACUAUAAUUUUUAUUUUUUUAUGGAUCGAUGCUGCUUUUUAUAUAUUUUUUUAUUUUAUCCGGUCUCUGCUUUUACACCAGACGACUUCGUUUUCCUCCAUUUUUCUCCCCAUCGUUCUUUUUUUUAAUAAAUAUUUUUGUAUCACUUUUUUUUUUUUUAAUCUUCUCAUGAAAGACUUCAUUCUUUUGUUACCUGUUGCUCUGGAAAAAAAAAAGAAAUCAACUAUAAGGGAGUGAAAAGAUGCAGUAACUGACAUAUAUCAUUCCAGCUUCUAUAUAAUAAAACGUGUAUGAAAUUUAAAAAGUUUUUCUCUACUUAAAAUUAAAAAAAAAAACCUCCUGAAGGCUGAAAGGCCAUGAACCACAUGAUAUCGGGUGCCUUCAUUUGGGAAAAAAUAAAGCGUAAAAAAAAUAAUUUUCUCUCUUCUGUGAAGAGUUUGGUACUGAACAAGGCUACUUGUAGUUUUUCUGUCUGUACCACAAACCCAGUGCCCAUUCCAAAGGCCCAGUUUGAUUCAUGACAUGUUUUGUUUUUGUAGACCCUGCCACCACACAAGAAGAUAAAAAAUAUAUUAAAAAACAAAGAAUCCUCUUGAAUUGUCACAAAAUGAAAUAAAAAAUCCAGGGCAUUAUGUGUUUUGA